AUGACAAAGGGAUAUGUGAAAAAUUACAUGAAAAUACUGAAGGAUGAAAAGCAUGCUUUGCGUAAGCCAUUAAUAAUACCAUACAUCAUAAUGGCCGUUUUUAUAUGCAACAUCCCCCUGACAAUACCCAUGAACUACAAUCAAAUGAUCAAAAUGUUCGGUAUGUCAGAACCGUUCCAAAUACCGAAUAUAUCCAGAAUCGUCGAUCUAGAAGCUAUGACAGACUGUAAAUGCCCUCGCGUGUAUUGGCCGGCGUGCGGCACGGAUCACGUGACGUAUGUUAAUGCGUGUAUUCUGAAUUGUCUGAAGAAGACGUUGAAACGAUUUGGCCCUUGCAUUACGUAUAGACGGAGUGAACUGUUUGUGUAUAUACCUAGACAUUGGAAGUAUUCGUGA